GUCCGGAUCUUACACGAACUGUACACAGGAAGAGGAAACAGGCGUGGGGGAACACGUGAAUUAAUUUUUCGUCUACUUUGAAAGUUUCCCUUUGGGCUGCCAUGACCCGCUGGGCCCGAGCCAACAACGUCCACAGGUGCAAGCCCGCCGAGGCGACGCCCUGGGGCGACCUGAAGGAGGGGUGUGGCCGCGGGGCGCAGGGGCCGGGGCCGUCCCCUCACCGCGGACGGGAUCCCUCCCGGGGGGGCCCGCUCGGCCGGAAGCCCGGCAGGAAGAAGAAGGAGGAGUACGACGGCGAGGACGUCAACGGGUUCCUGGCGCACCUCCGGCAGGCGGGCGUCUCCGGGGCGCGGGAGGACGUGGCGCUGGCGCUCAAGAAGGACCAGAGGCGCGAGGAGAGGAGGCUGAAGAGGCAGGAGCUGAAGAAAACCCACAUGGUGUGCUUCAACUGCAGGAAGCCUGGGCACAGGCUGGCUGACUGCCCAGAGGCCGACGAAGACGAGGAGAUGGGCAGGGGGAUCUGUUACCGCUGUGGUUCCACAGAGCACGAGCUGCAGAGGUGCAGAGCUAAAGUGGACCCCGCGCUUGGUGACUUUCCCUUUGCUAAGUGUUUCAUCUGUGGGCAGACUGGCCACCUGUCGAAAUCGUGUCCUGAUAACCCCAAAGGGAUGUACGCAGCAGGUGGCUGCUGCAGGGUGUGUGGAUCAGUGGAGCACUUUCAGAAAGACUGUCCAGAGCACCAGGGUUCAGGGAAAGCUGUGACUGUGGGCCGACUGUCCAACAAUAUGAGUGCGGACCACGAGGACGUUGCCGGGCCUGUCAAAAAAGCUAAACCGAAGCAGCCGAAGGUGGUUACUUUCUGAGGGGGUGCGUCUUCCCCGAGGCAUCAAAAGGGAUCUUUCUAGAAAGAUGUGAACUCUUGGUGGGGGACCACAGGGAAUGACUACUGCCUGAGCUCUGGAGUGUGACGUCCCGCCGGACUGUGCAGCGAACUGGGCCUUGGUUUGAGGGGUGGAGCCUCGUGCCUCUCAGUCCACCCCCGACCCGACGCUCCAGCCUGGUCCUGACGUCUGACUGCCUGGCGCCACAGAAAGCCUCUCCGUUCGCUGCAGGCCUUGAUUCUGACAGCUCGCUCGCCAGGGCGCGUGCCCGCCUUCGGCCUUCACCACGCGAGACCUCAGUGGAAGAGGGGCUCCACUCUCGCCAAGCAGUUAGAGACGGUGCAGGCCAGUGCCGAAGAAGACCCUGUCAGAAAUCCCCCAGGCAUUUGUGUUGUAUGAGUCCCCUGUGAUGGGCUGUUCCUGUGCACUGUGUCAAAACUGUUUUCAUGUAAUGUGACUUUAAUCACAUGGGACUUCAAUAAAUAUCUCAGGUUGAGCUCAGGGGUUGGAGGCAGCCUGAGAAGUGUGCAAUA